AUGAUGAUGGAUCAGGCGCAUUUCAGCGAAUACUUGCUGAGGCAACAAAUGUUACACGCCGCUUCUUUGAGCGGAUUACAGCACAGAGUGGGCGCAGACGCAGAACCGCCCGCUUGCGAAGCACGGCUUCUGAACGGUGAUCUUUGGAGACGCUUUCACGACAUUGGAACUGAAAUGAUCAUCACAAAAGGCGGACGGUCUGUGAUGUUCCUUACUGUGGGUGAAAUUGUAUUGUGGAGGUACACCGCUUCCAUCGCGUUCACGAUUAGAGAGCGCGGGGUUCGGCGCCGGCGCCUCAAAGCGUCUCCUCCAGCAUUCCUUUUGUUUUACCAUGGGUCGUUUGUCGCCUGCUCGCUGCGUGGGCAUAGGCCGUCCCUCUCUGGCCCGAGGCGUGGCCGGCGGGUGCGAGAGAGAGGCGGCCGGGCGCCGACCUCCUGCAGCGCCGUCGGCCGCCCGCCGCGCGCCCCGCCCAGUGCAUGCAGCACUAAUAAUCAGAUUAUGACAGCCAACUCUUCGGACCUCGAUACUACCUCCGCAUGUCACUCUUCAAUGUCUCCUGAAAAAUUGACAGCAGACAUCCACUUAGCCAUUGCCGAUCGGAUAAUUGGCGGCCUAGCCUUAUACGGCGAGCAAUUAUUUCCGACUGAAACGCUAGUUGAAAAAACUCGACUGCAUCUAGAUAAAAAUAUUUUAAGCGGCACGUAG